AUGCAACUGUUUUUGUCUCUGUUGUGUUCAGAUUUCUGUGAUCUCACACUGGAUCCAAACACAGCGAACGCUCAACUCAUUCUGUCUGAGAACGGAGAGGUGAAAUUUGUGGAUGAGCAGCAGCUGUAUACUGAUCAUCAAGACAGAUUUAAAGAUGUUCCUCAGGUUCUGUGUCGAGAGAGUCUGACUGGACGCCAUUACUGGGAGGUUGAGCGGACUGGCUGGGCUCGUGUAGCAGUGGCCUAUAAAACAGUCAGCAAAGAAGGGACUGUUAGUAAGUUUGGAUACAAUAACAAGUCCUGGUGUCUCUUCUGCACUGUUGAUGGAUUUGUUGUCUGGCACAACAAUCUGAGCAACAACAUUCCCGCUCCUUCUCCCUCCUCUAAAAGAGUAGGAGUGUAUCUGGACGUGUCGGCCGGCACUCUGUCCUUCUACAGCGUCUCUGACACACACACACUCACACACUUACACACAUUCAACACCACAUUCAUUGAACCCCUCUAUGCUGGCUUUAAGGUUUUUUAUUCCUCAAUGUCACUGUGUAAGAUUACACAACAGACAAACAACUGA